GCUUUGAGCUAACACAGGAGCUUGUUGCUUUCCGCACAACAGUUUGCUAAUGACAGCUGAUUACAAGCAAUGUUAAGCUUCACACAAAUGCUUGUUCUAUAUUUAACUCAAAUGUGUUGCUAUAACUUUAACCAUAACCCUGUGAGGAUUCCAACGAUACUGAAGAGCAUGUGAGGUAUCAAAAUGGAUGAUUUAGAUCACAGCAUGCACAUUGCAGACUAUGACUGGACGAGCUUCUAUGAGGACAGUGAGGAGUGUUGUCUGCUGCAGCCGUCACUCGCCUGCCCUGAUAGCACGAGUCUCAGUGAUUCAGAGGAUUCAGGAAACUCAAGUUCAGUCUUCAGCACAGGCCAACGGGAGCAGCAGCAGAGUCCUGCUGCAAACAGCGACGCAGCAGGAUGCUGUAUGGAAGAAGUGCUGAUUAAUCAGAGUGUAGGAGUAGAACAAGACGAUCUUACAACAGAAGCUGAAGAAGACAGUAAAACACAGAAGAACGCUGACAUAUGCCUCAGUUAUCCUGAAGGAAAUACUAUCAGCACAGAGGAGGUGCACCUGAGGACUGCAGAGCACAUUAGAGAGGAGACGAAUGACAACAUCACAACCGCACUGCAAACUGAGCCAAUAAAGGUCCAGUCUUCAGAUGGAGAACCAACAGAGCUGAAAAGAGAAGAUGGAGACGUGCAAACAGAGAGUGACACUUCAUCUAUACAUGAACCUGACCCACUUUCUUGCCAAAGAAAGAACCAAUCAGAACUAAAUGUGAAUGACAGAGCUGUGAGCGAGGAUGCGAGCAGUCUAGGAGCGGAGAAAGAGCGCUGGUUCGUGACAGUGAACGACAGUCCUGCACGAGGGCAGCGGGUGCGUGCCACUUCUGUGAAAAAAAAACGAAGACAAAAAAAAACUCGUAAGAACAAUCACAUGUGCAGGCAGGAGAAAUCACUUGAAAACAGCUUAGAGUUAGAGAUAGCCAGAGAUAAUAAUGAAUCUAUGGGAGGGAGGGACACAGAGUUUGUCACACAGUCAGGAGGGCAUCCAAGUGCUGAAGAAAACCCUGAGAGCACUUCAGAUUCAUCACAGAUGCCUUCAAGGUCUGGGGAAGAAGACAAUUUGUCAGAGAAACUAGUAACAUCUCAUAUCAUUGAGCAAAUGGCAAACAGAAACAAACAUGACCCAAGCAGCUCAGCUUCCACACCGCAUGACACAUUUACACCCAAAGACCCCUCACGGCUGGACAGCGUGGAGUCUGACGAACUUGGAGACGGUGUUGAGUUCCUCUCCGCUCACAGUUAUGAUUCAGAAAGCUAUCUGUCAGCUACUGAAUCACUGGAGGAAACUCAGUGUCCUCUCAUGGAAAGCCAACAACAGCAGAGCUCCUUUUCUCUGACAGAAAACAGCUAUCUGUUCAGUCUGACUGAGAAUACAGAUACCAGCAACACGCAGGACAGGGAAAUGCAUUCUGGGGCUAGCACCCUCUCUCGCAAUGUAGCAGGUACUAACUCUGAAGGUUAUGAAUGCACUAAUGUUGAACCUUCCCUGUCAUGUCCAUCUGUUGCCCAAAACGCUAACAAAACGCGAGAUGACAACUCCACAUGUGAUAACGACACACACAGCACGCCGCUCCACACGCCCUCGGAUACACCUGGAUUCCAAAAACAUGAAAUCAAUCUUUCAGCAUCUGGUUGCUCUUCAGGAGAUCAGCUUAGUCUUCCCCCUGUUCCAGAUGUAACCCUAACACCUUGCUCUGCGGCCGACAGCCCUGAAACAUAUGCCGAAGCCGCGGGCCACACUCGACCUGUGUAUGCCAUUUCUGCUUUUUGGGAUGAAAUGGAGAAAUUGACCAUAAAUGACAUUUUGCAGCUCAGGAUGGGCAGAAGCCCACCUCCCACGAACACACAAGAAACAGUGGCACCAAAUGUAGAUGAUUUUUCAGCAAAUCCCAGCUCUUUGGUUGACACUGUGGACUAUAAUUUGUCUGACGGUGGUCUAAUGGAUACGUCCGACACUGCUGACUCAGACUAUUUCACACAGCCUGAUGAAUCCAAGCCAGAUCGCUCAAGCUGCGAGUUUUCCACCUCCGAUUUCGAAGAAGAGUACUGGCAGUUUCUUGGCGCCAGUAGGAACCCCAGUCCUGAUCCUCAAAGCAAAAACCAACAAAGGGCAAAUGACUCUUCUUUCUUUGCACAUGAGGAAGAGGAGUCCACAAGCUCUGAAGGAAAGGAGACACCAGUGCCCUCAGAGGACUUCCCAGGGGAAUCAUCUGAGGAUCAGGACUCAGAUGCUUUCCUUUCAAGCGAACUUGCGUGGCCGAGGCGAAUAAAAAAAAACAAAAGCGUGCGCAAUGUACAAGCUCUCAACACAGAGGAUUUAUCUUUGCAGCUGUUGCUUGGUGAUGAUGAAAGCAGCCUGUUUCUAAGCAGCUGUCCAUCUCUGGAGACAGACGUGGUUUUAGAAGCGAGCGACAGUCUGGAAACUGCAUCUUUUCUAUCCAACACACACUUACUGGAUGAACACACCCAAAUAUCCUUCCCUGAAGUGUUUGAAUACUUUUUCACAGAGGACAAAGCCAAGACCGAUUCCCGGUGUGUUACUGUCUACAAUCCAGAGGACAUCUCAGUGGCUCCUGUGUUCAACUACACUCUCUGUACAUUCAGCGAUAAAACAUCGUUCCCUUCCCUCUGUGAUUCCCAGUGCAGCGAAGAGGAACCCAUCCCCAUUUUCUCUUGUUCUCACCCUACCGUCAGAGAACUCACAUUCCCAAAUCCGGACUAUGUUUUCCUGAGUGCAGACUGUGAGGAGCAGGGUGACAUCUCUCCAAUCAGAGUUGUGUCACACUCUUUCAUCCAGGGAAGCGAUUGCGGUAUGUCUCAAGGAUUUCGCAGCUGGAGAAGUUUGCUGUCGUUUAGGAAAAUCCGCUUUCACAACAAAGGUAGCAUCUGGUGCAGGAGUUCUGGUGCCUGGGUGUUUCCAGUUGACACUGAGGAGAUCACCAUCAAGAGAGAAGAUCCACCAAUAACUGUUGUCACUGAGAGUAGAGUAGCUUUAGCUCCUUCCCAGCAGUUUAGAGAGCUUGCAGUGCAGCAGAGGAUUUUGGAAACCAUACAGACAACAAGACGAGAGGGCAUUUUCUCCACACUGAAGCAGUCAGACAUGUGUUUGGUCUGCAUUGCUUUUGCCUCCUGGGUAUUAAAAUCCUCUGAUCCAGAGGCUGCUGAUGCCUGGAAAGCAGCUCUGCUAGCAAACGUGAGCGCGCUAUCGGCUAUCCAGUACCUGCGGCAGUAUGUGAAGAAGAAAAAUCCUUCUCAAGAUGAUCCCUGAUGUGUACACACAAGAGAUGUCAUUUCCAAACACUUCCACUUGGGUCCAUCCAUGAAUAUAGAUCUACUGUAUAUAUACGUACAUCUAUUACAGAUAUGUACUGUUUCAGCUUAUGCAUUCGUUUCCAAAUUACAAUAGAGCCUGUAAAACGUAAUGUCAGCAAGUCUGCAAGCUAGUUGGUUGUUUUAUUCUUCUGUAUGUUUCUUAUUUCAUAUAAAGAGACACAAACCAACAAUGAAUUGAUCCUAAUAAUCAAUUAAAUAAUCGAUCCAUAAACACAUCAGUGAGCCACUCUGUUAUAGUCAAUGUGGCCACUGCAGAGUCAGUCCAGCUCACUGGCUCACCAAAUUAGGGGCUGAAAUAGUUCCCAUCAAAUCCACUAUUUCAACAACACGUUGUUUGUUUUGGUCUUUUUAUGGAGUUUGUUGACAGUAAGAAAAAUAUUGCAGAUUGUCAGCAUUAUUAUUUCAGUUGCAUUUUAAACUUUUCAUAACUUUGGUUUUUCAGUUCUGGGUAAACCGAUGUUGAUAUAAGGACCAUUCUGUGAGUACAGACAUACUUUUUAACAUGUGCUGUUUGUGAAUGUCCUGUUGUGCCUAAAAUGUGGCUUUCUAUGUCAUACAGCUACAGUCAAGUUAAGUUGUAGAGGAUAGAGGCAGCCUAGUGGAGUUUUUGAAUAGAUGCAGUGUAUGUGGAGUUUCUUUGUAGAGGAUUAAAAAAAUGGGGUGAACACCUGAAAGAAAGCUGUGUUGUAGAUAACGGUCUGGUUAGUAUGUAUGUUGUAAGAAAAGAUUCAGUAGGUGACUGCUUGAGCUUUAUGAUAGGGAUGCAUUAUCUACAUCAGUGGUUCCCAAACAUUUCUGGCCCUGUGCCCCUUUGAAACAAUGAAUCAUGUCUACUUGUGACCUCUCAUCAUAGGCUGCAUGAGUUGUGAGCAGUUUGGAGGGAUUUUCUAUUUUAAGACCAUUUAAUUUGAAUAAUUUCUACAGGCCUGAAGAGGACCUAAACAAUAUUAAGGUACACAGUAAGCACAUGUAACUUGUAAGAGAUUGUAAGAGAUUUUUUUUCUCUUACUCCACUAAUAAACUCACAACCCCAAACCUCAAAAACACCAGACCAUCUAUCUAGUGUGAUUCAAAGACAGACUUUUGAUUUCAGAAUAGAUAAUGAAUAGCUUUACCAUCAUACAUAAUAAUAUUUACAUAUCUGUUAGGUGUUGCUGUCUCUGAUGCUUUUAUGUAUUACGCCAAAAUGAUGUGUGUCAAGUGUUUAAAAGAUCUACAAGCUAAUGAUUGUUGUCAGAACACUUCAUAUCUCUUGUCAAACAAGGCUCGGUACAUAUGAGUUUACAUAUGACAGAUUAUGUGCAAUAAGUGAUUUAAUGCAAUAAAACCGUGAUUAUCCCACACUACUUUCUGUAAACUAAUUUAAAACUGUUUACGAGAGGUGCUGAUCUCUCUCUCUCUCUCUCUCUCUCUCUCUCUCUCUCUAUAUAUAUCCUCUAUAGAGAGAGUAUAUAUCAAUAUGGAGGCUGCAGCUUGUUGUGGUUCUGUUGAACUGAAUUGUACUGACAGGUGUUCUGUUAUUUUGUACACUAUUUAUAAACAUGGGCAGUCUGAGGAAGUACAAGUACAAAGAGAAUAAGGUGUCAUUGCAGAAAUAUUUAUUGAAAUAAAUAUGCAAUGGAUACACUUUCAUUUUAUGUCACAUAAAUAUUGAAUUUAGAGGCAGUUCUUUUAAAAAUUCCAUUAAAAUGCUCAAGAUUUAGUUUCUCUCCAAUCAAGUUAUCCUCAUCAAAACAAUGUAAAUACAUUAUUCUAACAAGACUUACUGUCUGUAGUGACAGAUCAUGGUCCAAUUAGUAAUUAUCUCACCUUAUAAUACCAUAUACUGUUUUAGCUUAUGAUUUACUGCUAUCGUGCUGAAUCAAGGGUUAAGUGUUCACAUCUACUGCUAUAUCAAUAGUACUCAUUCAUAUAGAAUAUUGUGAACAUGUAAUAUUUACAAUCUCAAAAAUGAGCGAAUAAAAGCUUCGGUUAUACUGUGAAAAGAUAUCUUGAUAUAUAAAACUUUAGGAUUUAGACAAAUAUUUAGCAGAUUUAAGAGUAAAACAAACCUCUACUAUGCUUUCAAAGUCUAAACACCACAAUGCAACUUGCUACUCUAGUUUGGUGAGAAAUGAAGACAUCAUGAGAGUCAUGCUAGGUCGUUACAAUCAUUCAAACACUGAUUUAAAUGUCAUUCUGUACAAGGAAGUCAUUUAAAAACAACAGGGAUAUUUAAACUUAACACCAAAGUCAGUCUGUUUUCAUAUCCUUUAUAAGAGCUGUAUUUUAGCAAAUUUAUAUCACUGCAUAUGAAACAGUUCUACAGUUUGUUAGAGAAAAUCUGUCACUUUAAAUCUCACAUGAACGGGUGAGAUUCUUCAUUAUUUUUAUAAUAAAACUAGUAUAAAGUCUUAAGUGAUAUGAAAAUCUCAGACGGACUUUGACAGUCCCAUUAAGUGCUGAACAAGGAAUGCACAUAAAGAGCCACAAAGAUCUUUCUAAAAUAUAUUAAAACAAAAAACUGACACACAAAUAUUCUCUUACAGUUUCAAAAGUACACAGUAUUCUAUUGGGUAUGAGAGUAGGGUUUCAUGCACCACCUGGUACUCAAGAUGGCUUGUCACCUUCUUUCUUCAGACGGCUUUAGAAAACACAAACAAAGGUAGGUAAACUCUUUGUGCACUUUGCAGUGAAAACACUUUUUAGGUGAGUUUAACUUAUUGUCUUUAUUGUCCGAGUACUGGUCUGCUGAUGAAAAAAGCUUUGAAGCAAAAAAUUUGAAUUGAGGAUUUUUUGUUAUUAUCCAAAUUAGUUGAAUUUCUCAAGUAAGGUUUCAGCCCUUCACUAGAUAAGAAGUUCAAAAACCUCACCUGUAAUAAUCUUCCUGACUGGGUAAAGGGCCUCCAUGCAGGUGGUGCCCAUGCAGCCACUGCUGCUCCAUAGCCAUCCUCUGCAGCUCUGCAGACUGAGCAUGCAUGGCCUGGAGCUGGUGAGCAGCAGACAUCUGAGGAAUCGGACCCUGCAGCUCUCGUGGAUAUGCCGCUCC